AUGGCACCAACUUCUGUUGUCGAUAAAGAACAAGUAUCUUUACCUGUUAAAACUGCUGUUGCUACUGCUGGCGAUGCUUUACUUGGAGCUGUUGUGGGUGUUUUGUAUAACAGGAUUGCUAAGAAGUUUCUCGUAGUACGGCUGUUUUUUGUGGCAUCGAUGAUUGGUGCUAUGAAAGGGAUCAGAGGGAAAGACGAUACCAAGGCUAGAGUGGUGGCAGGUUUUACUUCCGGAUGCAUGUUGUACUUGGUUGGGAACAUGCCUUCUCCUCCUAGAGUACCACUCGCAAUCGCAUCAGGGCUCUGCAUUGCGUUUUAUAAUGGUCUUGUGCAUGAGGUAGAAAGCCGUUAUCAGCAUGCAACAUUGGAGGAUACACGCUACAUCAGAACAAGACGCAUGUUGUCGGAGCUAGGCCUUGAGGAUUACGAGAAGCACUUUAAGAAACACUUGUUAAGGGACAAAACAAUGCAUUUGCUUAAAGAAAGGCAAGUGUAA